UAAAAUCUUGCCUGUUCUUCGUCUUCAUCUUCACUUCGGUCCAUUGAACUUGAGGCCUAUUGGGUUUCUUAAUGGUCUACUCUUUGACUAUAAAGUAUAAAGCCCACCCUUUGGCCAACCCGUAUAGCGUGUAAUGUCGGAUAAAGGAAAUGGGCCUGGAUGGCACCGUUUCACCGACUACGAGCCGCCGUCAUAUGAACCUCUCCGUUCGACUGACGCCACAAUCCCGUCUUCGGUCUUCCCUAUAAACCAAACUCUGUGUAGGUUUCUCUGCAUUUGCGCAAUUUCUGAGAUUUUAUCGAAGGACGAAGAAGGAAGAAUGCCGGGGUUAACUUGCAACGCAUGUAACAAGGAAUUCAAUGACGAUUCAGAGCAAAGACUUCAUUACAAGUCCGAUUGGCACCGCUACAAUCUCAAGCGAAAGAUAUUUUCUUUUCAAUUCUUUUGUUUUCCGGUUCUUCAAUAUAGUGUAUGGAAUAUGGAUUUCCUUUUAGGGGCCGAUGUUGAAUCAUUGAAUAGCUUAAGAAUCUGAAUUUUUAUGAUGUCUUGUAUGUGGGUUCUUUAUAUAAAGGUGUUUGGUUGAU